ACACACUUCACUGAAUCACUCCAACGAUCCCUUGACCUAUUCUACCGAAUUGCGAGAAUGGCGUAUUCCUUCACAGACAAAGUCGUCUUAAUAACAGGCGCCGGCAGCGGAAUCGGGUGCGGUAAUCUUCCUCCCUCAUUCUAAUCCCUCCUCUCAACCACACUCGCGCAGUACCAUAUACUAACCACCCAACUCCCUCCAGGCGCGCAACCGCCGUGAAAAUGGCCUCCCUCGGCGCCACCCUCGCCCUCUGCGACAUAAACUACGACAACCUCGAAGCAACACGGAAGCUGUGCUCCUCCUCCUCGCCCACAACGCCCUACAUCGACGACGUCGACGUGUCCGCGAAAGCCGAAGUCGUCAAGUUCGUCGACACCACGGUGCAGAAGCUCGGCGCCCUACAUCACGUCUUCAACUGCGCGGGCGUGAACCCGACCUCGAUCCCGCUCGAGGAGACCACAGACGAGUACUGGGACAAGCUCGUGGACACGAACCUCAAGGGCGUCUUCCACGUCACGCGCGCCGCGAUCCCGCACCUCGCGCCCGGCGCUAGCUUCGUCAAUGUGUCGUCGAUCAGCGGGAUCCGGCCCAGCGCGCUGCAGGCCGUGUACUGCACGACGAAGUAUGGGUUGAUUGGGUUUAGCAAGUGCAUGGCGCUGGAGCUGGGGCCCAGGGGCAUACGGACGAAUGUCGUGGCGCCGGGGUAUAUUGAUACGCCGUCGAAUGCGGGGAUUGUCAAGGGCGGCGAGGCGGUGGAGAGAAUGCGGAAUGGGAAUGCGCUGGGGAGGUUGGGGACGCCCGAGGAGGUGGCGGAUGUGGUGGCGUUUUUGUUUAGUGAGGAGGCGCGGUAUGUUAAUGGGAGUGUGGUGGAGAUUGAUGGUGGGAUUAAGAUGAGUAGUACGACGAGUAAGUGAGGGAGUGGAGGGAGUGUGGUUUAGGACGCUUGAUGGUGUUGAGCGAAUGGUUGGGAAGGAUAGAUUCAAUGGUACCGGCUGAAGAUCUUGAACAGACGGUAUCCAUACUUUGCAUAGAUAGGAGAGCAUAGCAUGUCUGGGG